AUGGCACUCUCACUCCUCAUCAGCUUCGGCACUGCCGUGGGCGCUUCUGAAGGUAUCAAGGCUUCCAUGGCCAAGUCACGUCGAGAGGAGCACCGAAGUAGAAAGAACAACCUCAUAGUGCAUUGCCCCAAGUCGUCAGAAUUCAGCCCUUACCUUGAAGGACGACAAGUGGUACUAUCCGGUGACAGACUCUUUAUCGACACUGGUACGGCUCACAAUAUCCCAUUCGGUCACCCAUUUGAAGGUUACUAUCUUCCAUAUCCGGAUUCUCGCUUCUCGGGACUGGUGAGCACUAUCACUCAUGAGGCACCCAUCAUGAAUUGGAUCUUCGUCGACCCAGUCACUUUUCAGUUCCGCUUUGGUAAUCGUGCCAUGGCUGACGGUAAUGUGACCGGGCCGUGGGAUUGCACUCGGCAAGAUCGUCGCCUCACAUUCUGUGGAUGGGAAGGCUUUUGCGCAGUCUUGGAAGAUAGCGGUAUAUGGGGGUUGUAUUUUGACUGCAACGGUGAUGGUCUACGGCAAAAGUUGGGCGAUGAGGGUCGCGUAGUCAUUGAAAUCGAGCUGAUAAGACGGGAGAUGAGAACUACUAGGCCGGACUACAUCGAUCUUGAGAAAGAAAAGAAAGAUCAGGCAGAGUCAAUAACACCACAGCCGGCAAGAGCCGAAGAAGGCUCAACAUGUGGACCUGAUCGCCCGGGGACAGAGGUCAAAAAGGAAGAAGUAUUCAGGGAAUCGCAAUCGGGCAAGGAUAACGCUAAAGCCUUGCCUGCCUAUGAUUGGAUCUCACAUGGAAUGGGAAACAAUGUAUGA